UAGGUUGCCACAAGGCGACAGGGGCUGGCGUGGCGGGCCGGGCCCCAGUGAUCAAUAGACAAGUGCUGUGGUGUGUUGGUUCGUGGCGCUGCGGUAUGUGAGGGGGCUCCUGGUGAUCCUGGUGCUGCCACUGGUCGUGGCGAGGGGCGUGCUGGUGACCUGGCCAUGUGUGUGUGGUGAGGUGGGCCAGCGGGCCGACGAUGACUCUCUCAGACCUGGGGGUAGCUCCUUCUUCAGCCUCUAACACCAAGCGCACUGCGUCCGCCCUCCUGCCGCCCGUCCACCCUCAGGAACUGUAUGAUGUGAGAACGCUCCCAGCCCCACCCAUGGAGAGAUGCAGCUCUAAUACUUCUACCUUCUCCUUCAGUCAGGACAUCUGCAGGAUAUGUCACUGUGAGGGGGAGCAGGACUCUCCACUGAUCGCUCCCUGCUACUGCUCCGGCUCCCUGCGUUACGUGCACCAGUCAUGUCUCCAGCAGUGGAUCAAGUCCUCGGACACCAAGUCUUGCGAGCUCUGCAAGUUCAACUUCAUCAUGCACUCCAAGAUCAAACCCUUCAACAAGUGGGAGAAGCUGGAUAUGUCUGGGAUGGAGAGGAGGAAGAUCGCCUGCUCUGUCACCUUCCACGUCAUCGCCAUCACCUGUGUGGUGUGGUCGCUCUACGUUCUUAUAGAGCGGACUACAGAAGAGGUCCAGGUGGGGCCUUGUUGCUCUCUUCUCCUCUCUUGUGAGGGAACCCUGGAGUGGCCCUUUUGGACUAAGCUCAUAGUGGUGGCGAUCGGCUUCACUGGAGGGCUUGUGUUCAUGUACGUGCAGUGUAAAAUGUACGUGCAGUUGUGCAAGAAAUGGCGUGCCUUCAACAGGGUCAUUUAUGUCCAAAAUGCUCCCGAAAAGGUACCGCUGAGCGAGCGUGACCGAGCAGAGGUGCAGCGGGACACAGGUCCUCAGUACGGCAGCGGGAAGGACAACUGCAGCGCGUCUCACGAGUCCGAAAAAUCCCUCAUGGGUGUGUCUAUCAUCACAGGGGCAGCAACCCGUGGGCUAACUCCCACUACCACCAUUACUACCACAUCCUUCACACACAACACAUGUGUCACCACUACCACUACCACCCUCACUUGCCCCAACACCUGCACAACCACCACCACCACCAGUCCGCCCGGAGCCGUCUGGACGGACGACCCAGCACCGCCUCCUGCCCCACCCCCGGCAGCAUUCUCUACAGGAGUUUUAUCCGGCAUGCGGCGCUCCAGAACUACACCUCACCAGGCUACAGCAUUUGUGUCUAAAGGACCACUUGACUCUAGACCAGGAACUAGAGACACACGCCCGACAUUUGAGAGCCCAUUUGUCUACGAAGGAAGGUGUAACCAUGGCAGUAUGGAGGAGCUUUCCAGUCAAGCAUUGGCACAGAGUGAGAUGCAGCCUUUCAGAAAGUCAAGCUCGCAGAGUGUGUGCCUAGAGAAAGGUGUGGAUCGUGCUUUGGUCGGAGGUGGACUGCCUCAACAAGAUCUCUUUUUUGACAGUAAUGGACAUAUUCGAGACACACUUUCUACAUCGAACUCUCGUAGAGAAGAAAUUCCAAGGGUGGAGCCUCGAAUGAUCCACACGCCAAGUCUUAGCCUGCAGUGCAGGACUGAGAGUGGCAUAGAGGCCCACGAAGUGGAGACGUUACAUCUCGAUAACGUGUGAUACUCAACAUUUGCAGUUGAACUUCUUUGAUAAAUGGCUUCUUUUGGUAUGGAGCAUUCAUGGUAAUAGACAUUAUAUGCUCCUUGUUGAAACUAAAAUGUUUAGCAUUUUCCUGCACUCGGAAUUAAUGGAGUAAUACAGUAUAUGGAUUAAACAACUCGCCCUGGAAGUUCAUGUAUUCAAUGCGCUCAUAGCAUAUAGCAGCUGAUUCCAUACAAAAACAUAAGAGUUUUGCAAAUGUUUAAGUCAACUAACUCGUCAUUUGCAACCAUCAACAGUUAUCAAAACUUUCAGGAGAAACAACUGUUCAUUGUAGCAAAUUGAUGUAAUUUAUAAAUUAAUUUAAUACAUAUAAUUUUGUAAG